UGAUCUGGGCCUUUUGGUAUAAAUGCUGGGCACUGUUCGUCUUCAGGAUGCAGAUUCCAACUGACCCAAUCUCGUCUCCACAAUCCGUGGCAAAUUUUUCAUAAUGCGUACUUUAAUUAUUGUCUUUGCCGUGAUUGGCUGCUCAUUCGCACAGUUUGGAGGCUAUCGUGGUGCCUAUCAACAGAAUCAACAACAAUAUUAUACGACACCUCAACCACAAUUUCAACCCCAAUAUCAACAACCACAAUACAAUGCUGGACGACAAAUAGGAAUUCGUAGCCAAUCGCACGAUAGUUCACCUGACGGUUCAUACGCAUGGCAAUAUGAAACAGAAAAUGGUAUUUCUGCAUCUGAAACUGGUUCCCCGAAAGCAGGUGGACCAGAAGGUCAAUCAGAGGUGGUUCAAGGAAGAUAUUCGUACACAGCUCCCGAUGGAACACCAAUAACAGUUGAAUAUAUUGCCGAUGAAAAUGGUUUUCGAGCAAGUGGAGCACAUUUGCCAACACCACCACCAAUUCCCGAUGCAAUUCAAAGAGCAUUAGCCACACUUCCACAAACUAAUGAGGGUGCAUACGAUGAACAACAAUAUAAUCGACCACAACAACAAUACAACAGACAACAAUAUAAUAAUUAUGGAUCAAAUCCUUAUCGUAGAUACAAGUGAGAAAAGAAAAAUAUAUUUAAACAUAUAAUUUUUUUUAUAAAUUUAAAAUUGUAUGUAUAUUUAUAUUUAAAAUAUCACAAAAUAAUGAAACAUCGCAUCAUUGCAAAUAUUCUAAUUAUGUGAGUCAAUUCGUUUUAGAAAUGCUCGUGUCAUAUAAUAAGCUUUUCUAAAAUUUUACUUGACUUUGUUGUAAACUAUUGUUAUGAAAAAAAAGGAGAAAAUUUAACAAAAUUCUCUUUAUUUGAGAAAACGUUUUUUUUUUAGUAAGAAAUGUUAAAUUAUUAGAAACAAAGGUUUUUUUUUUUAUUAUUAUUUUUUCGAAUCAUCAUUUUCUAAAAAAAUGUGCUUUAAUUUUUUUUAUACUAUUAUAUAUUAUAUACAUAGAUGUAUAGUUAAUAAGUGUAUGAAAUUAUAAUAAUAAACAUCUUUUUACUUCAUAA